AUUGCACCACAUAAGCUCACAAUUCCAAUAUGUGGUCAGGGAGGCAAGAAUAAAAGUAUCUUUGCAGGCCUGCUACACAUUUUCCUAAAAUCAAAUUAAACUAAUCAGUCUGCCCGAAUUAUAGAUCGACACCAUUCUGCUUCUUUUCCACACCAUGCUCUUUCACUCUGCAAUAUCUUGCCUUUUCAGUCUGCUAAGAAGAUUUUCUAUGGCGACCUGAAUUUUCAGGGUAUUUUGGCUUUUGGGAAAGAAUGGCAGUCAAAAGGCCGAGGCCCAUACAGAGUAAACAGAACAAAUCUGUUCUCAUGUUUGACAGUCCCUCAGAAAUCAGAUCAGUGUUCAAGUAUUUUCGUGUUCUGGUUGGAUUUAGGUCUGGUAAAUGUGGUGGAAUUCCCGUUGUAAAAGAUGGGUGUUUGAGCCCAACUUCUCCAUUGGACUUCAAAGGUUCUAGCAGAUAUUCAUCUGGUGUAGGCCUUGGAAUUCUUGUUGCUCUUGAUGAUAAUAACAGUAAUGAGCAGAGCAAGCCCAUGCCAAUUGUCUCUGUAAAACUGCCGUCUUGGAGUAAAUCGGGGAGAAGAGAGGAGAAUGGUGGAAGAUUAUGCAGUUGUACAGAGACUGUUUUUGAAGAUUCUGGGUCCUCUGGUUUAUCCUCGUUUGAACCUGCUGAUUUUCUGUACGCUUGUUAUAUGUGCAGACGGAAAUUGUCCCACCAGAAGGAUAUAUACAUAGGUGACAAGGCAUUUUGUAGCGAGGAAUGCAGACACCAGCAGAUUGCAAGUGAUGAGAGGAAGGAGCGCCGCCCAUCUACCAGUUGUUCAUCAUCUUGUUCGCCCAUAUUCACAAUCACUCCCAUGCCUGCUGCCUUGUACUAAUACUAAUACUUCUACUGUUGGAGAGCCUUAUACAGAAUAUGAAGAUCAAUAUCCAGAUGGUUUUGUAGAUUUUGAGAAGCUUGAAAUCAGAGUAUUUAACUAUUGGAUCUUCUCUUUUGUAGAAUUUUAUAAGAUAAAAUUUAUGAUGGGGGAGUAGCAACAGAGAAAGCAAGGUAUUAGAUAAAAUUUUGCAAGCAUCACACAUUGAAGAACAUUCUCCAAGCAGGGGCAGCGAGCACGGAAAAUGUAUAUGGGUUGAACUCUACUGUUUUGUGUAGUUAAACUGUUCCCCACAGAGGGACACAACAAAACGUUCCCGACUUGAAAACUACCACGUAUACUUUGUAUAUGAAUCUUUACAUGUUUUAAAUUGGUAUAGAGAUCGAAUCUAGGUCUACAUGGUUUGAAGUA